AUGACCUUCUUCACCACGCUCCUCACCGCCGCCCUCGCGCUUUCCAGCGCGGUCUCCGGCACGCCUAUAAAGAAGAGGAGCCCAAAAAUCAUCUUUGACGGGAGGAUCCCUGUGAAGACGCAAUUGGCGGACCUAAACAGCGCUUCGGCGUCGCCGUUUAAUGCGGAGUAUAUUCUUGGCGCAGGCCAAAAAUGGUCCGAUGUUGCAAAGUUCCCAAGAGUUGAAACGUCAAUGUAUGACCUGAGGAGCCGGUCUAAAGCCAUUGAGGUCACGAUCAAUGACGACUCCAUCUUCGCCCCCGGCGGCACCCCCCAAGCCGGCUUCCGCCGCUCCGAGCUCCUCCCUAAAUCCAACAACGGCACCGACGCAACCGUAAGUGGACACACGACCUUCCACUUCUCCAUCAAAGAUGACCCGCACCGCCCUCUCAACUACUCGCACCAAUAUGAGCUGGUAUUCAUCGAAACAAACGACUACAGCAGCCACGUCUGGACGCUCAAGACGGGCAGCGCCUACGGCGCCACCGUGCUCCCCGCCCCCGACGCGCGGACACUGCGGCUGGGAAGCUCGACGGCGGGCGGCGCGGCGGAGGAGGUGUUGUUCUCCGUGCCGUUCCGGAAGGGGGGGCCGUGGCACAACUUUGCUGUUGAGACUGACUGGGACAAGAACACGAUUGCGGUGUACUACUCGGCCGACUAUGCGCCUCUCAGGAAGGUUGUUGAGACUCGCGAGAAUGAUGCUACCGGGAAGGGACAAGCGCACAUUGGUAUUCUCAAGCUUCCAACUGGGCCCUCGAGCGAUGUUGCCCAUGAGGGCUACCAGCAGUCGAACCUGAACGAGGGUCUGGUUUAUGGCGGUAUCUUUGUUGAGGACAGUUCGAGCAGAAAGCCAAACUACUGCCGGCCGCGCGCUUGA